CAGAUCCAAACAAUCAGCGUAGCCAAAAAGUAUGUUCUGAUCACUUUGAAGCUUCUAUGUUCAUCAAUAAUGCGAGGAACCGAUUGGCUUUUAAUGCUGUUCCAACUAUAUUUAACGAUGAAAUAUUGUCGAUGAGACAAAAAGAGGAAAUGUCUGCAGAUAAACAACCACAGACAUUGACUAAUGAUAACAACGUUCACAUGAAACCGACUUUGGGAUCAAGUAUUAUUACGGCUACUCAGACUUCAUUGUCUGAACCUUUUUCAGACCAUUCAACAAUCGGUAAUUGUUCGUUGAGCCAGUCAUCUUCACAAACACUUCAAUAUUUAUACUUAAAAACACCAAUGAAACGGGAUUCACAGAACAAAAUUAAUGAAAAUCGUUGCAUCCAACCAAAUGAAUGUGAUAUGAUAAAACUAGAAUGCGACUCAGAAGAAAACCAUAUCGCAUCAGAAGCAUUUACCUCAGAUGAUGUGAAACUCGACACGGAUACACAAGUUAAACAUGAAGUUGAUGAAGUGGGCGAAGGUUUAUAUUUCAAGAGUGUGAUAGAAAUCAAGGAUAAUCUCAUAAAAGACAAAUUGGAGGAUAACGCUCCUUCUACAAGCCUGUUAAUCACCAAAUCAUACAGUUAUGAAGACAAAGAAGAUGGAGUGAAAGAUGAUUCUUUUCUUAAGUCCGACGUAGAAAUAAAAGACGAUAAGGAUUUAACUGAAAUAACAGACAAUGUUGAACAGCAUCAAGCUUCCGGCCUGAUAAUCACCAAUUCAUUCAGUUAUGUAGACAAUGAAGAUGGAGUGAAAGAUGAUUCUUUUCUUAAUUCCGACGUAGAAAUAAAAGACGAUAAGGAUUUAACUGAAAUAACAGACAAUAUUGAACAGCAUCAAGCUUCCGGCCUGAUAAUCACCAAUUCAUUCAGUUAUGUAGACAAUGAAGAUGGAGUGAAAGAUGAUUCUUUUUUUAAUUCCGACGUAGAAAUAAAAGACGAUAAGGAUUUACCUGAACUAACGGACAAUGUUGAACAGCAUCAAGCUUCCGGCCUGAUAAUCACCAAUUCAUUCAGUUAUGUAGACAAUGAAGAUGGAGUGAAAGAUGAUUCUUUUCUUAAUUCCGACGUAGAAAUAAAAGACGAUAAGGAUUUAACUGAAAUAACAGACAAUAUUGAACAGCAUCAAGCUUCCGGCCUGAUAAUCACCAAUUCAUUCAGUUAUGUAGACAAUGAAGAUGGAGUGAAAGAUGAUUCUUUUCUUAAUUCCGACGUAGAAAUAAAAGACGAUAAGGAUUUAACUGAAAUAACAGACAAUAUUGAACAGCAUCAAGCUUCCGGCCUGAUAAUCACCAAUUCAUUCAGUUAUGUAGACAAUGAAGAUGGAGUGAAAGAUGAUUCUUUUUUUAAUUCCGACGUAGAAAUAAAAGACGAUAAGGAUUUAACUGAAAUAACAGACAAUAUUGAACAGCAUCAAGCUUCCGGCCUGAUAAUCACCAAUUCAUUCAGUUAUGUAGACAAUGAAGAUGGAGUGAAAGAUGAUUCUUUUCUUAAUUCCGACGUAGAAAUAAAAGACGAUAAGGAUUUAACUGAAAUAACAGACAAUAUUGAACAGCAUCAAGCUUCCGGCCUGAUAAUCACCAAUUCAUUCAGUUAUGUAGACAAUGAAGAUGGAGUGAAAGAUGAUUCUUUUCUUAAUUCCGACGUAGAAAUAAAAGACGAUAAGGAUUUAACUGAAAUAACAGACAAUAUUGAACAGCAUCAAGCUUCCGGCCUGAUAAUCACCAAUUCAUUCAGUUAUGUAGACAAUGAAGAUGGAGUGAAAGAUGAUUCUUUUCUUAAUUCCGACGUAGAAAUAAAAGACGAUAAGGAUUUAACUGAAAUAACAGACAAUAUUGAACAGCAUCAAGCUUCCGGCCUGAUAAUCACCAAUUCAUUCAGUUAUGUAGACAAUGAAGAUGGAGUGAAAGAUGAUUCUUUUCUUAAUUCCGACGUAGAAAUAAAAGACGAUAAGGAUUUAACUGAAAUAACAGACAAUAUUGAACAGCAUCAAGCUUCCGGCCUGAUAAUCACCAAUUCAUUCAGUUAUGUAGACAAUGAAGAUGGAGUGAAAGAUGAUUCUUUUCUUAAUUCCGACGUAGAAAUAAAAGACGAUAAGGAUUUAACUGAAAUAACAGACAAUAUUGAACAGCAUCAAGCUUCCGGCCUGAUAAUCACCAAUUCAUUCAGUUAUGUAGACAAAGAAGAUGGAGUGAAAGAUGAUUCUUUUUUUAAUUCCGACGUAGAAAUAAAAGACGAUAAGGAUUUACCUGAAAUAACGGACAAUGUUGAACAGCAUCAAGCUUCCAGUUAUAUCAAAUUCGACCCAGACUUACAAAUUAAAUAUGAAGUCGAUGAAAUGGGCGAAGGUAUAUAUUACAAGUCUGUGUUAGAACUCGAGGAAAAUCUCAUAAAAGACGAAUUGGAUAACGCUCCUUCUACAAGUCUGUUAACUACCGAAUCAUUCAGUGAUGAAGUCCAAAAAGAUGGAGUGGAAGAUGAUUCUUUUCUUAAGUCUAGUAUAGAAAAAGAAAACAAUAAGAAAUUGACUAAACAAACAAACAAUGCUGAACGGCAUCAUUCUUCCAGUUUUAUCGAAUUCGACCCAGAUUCGCAAAUUAAUUUCGAAGUUGAUGAAGUGGGCGAUGGUUAUUAUUUUAUGUCUGUGGUAGAAAUACAGGAAAAUCUCAUAAAUGAUGAAUUGGAGGAUAACGCUCCUUCUACAAGCCUUUCAACCACCAAAUUAUUCAGUUUUGAAGACAAAAAAGAUGAUUCUAAGUCCAACAUAGAAAUAAUAGACGAAAAGGUUUUAACUGAAAUAACGGACAAUGUUGAACAGCAUCAUUCUUCGAGCUCGUUAACUUUCGAAUCGACGAGUUGUGAAGUCAAAGAAAAAGAAGAGGAAGGUUGUAAUUCUUCAAUGGAAACAGAAGACGAUAUGGAAUCAAAUAAAUUAACAGACAAUGUUGAACAGCGCAUUUCUUGCAGCGAUAUUGACAAGAAUGAUAAGAAGAGUCGGAAGAUUGGUCGAAAAAACCAUUAAACGUAAAAAAACGUACACUUGCGAUAAGUGUCUGAAGAAGUUUAGAUCAAAGACAAUGAUCACCAGUCAUUUGUCGAUACCACACAGUUUUUCUGACGAGCACAAUAAUGAUUCCUCCGACGAAUUAUUCACGUAUGUUAACACACAAGAUAAAUCUGCAGUAGUUUUGUGUGGAGUUUGAAUGUUUUUUGUUCGCUUCAUUGUUACUUACGAGUAUUUUGUUUUACCAUUCAUCCAGUGAUAUUGGCAAGAGUGAUGAGGACAGUCAGAAUGAGCAAAAAACCAUUAAUAAGGGUAAACGUAAAAAGACGUACACUUGCGAUAAGUGUCUGA